GAUGGUUUGCAUGUUAAUUGUUGCUAUUAUUAUUAUUAUUAUUAUUAUUAUUAUUAUUAUUAUUAUUCAGAUAAUGGAGUAGGGCUGUUGAACUCGAGCACGAAGAUUAAUUAAAUUGCCUACAAAUACCAAUUUAUAUAUAUAGGCAUUGUUAUUAUUGUUGUAACUGUACAUAAAAGCAGGAAUUGCACAGUAGGGGUGGAGGUGGAGGUGGAGGUGGAGGGUAGGAGAGUAGGGACCGAAGCUGCUGCUGAGGAGGCAGCUUUUGGCAGCACAGUUUGGGGUUUCUGAUCUGAUGAUAUAUAUAAACUCAAACUGAUAAGCGGAGGCGGCCAACUCCCAUUUUCAUACCCGCGCACUCUCUUUCUUCUCUUCUCUUCUGUUGGCAGAGGGAUACAUUUUGACCACCAUUAAUGUUGAAGCUUGCGCGCUCGCUACGGCUCUCAUAUAGGAAGAAAAGGAAGGAAGGGGACGACACUCAUUCUGCCCAAAUUUUAUUGUUUUUAAGAGAUUUUCAAUUCAAUUACCUGUUGAUGUGAGAUCAUGAGUUGGUCUCAGCGUCCUGCUCCGGCUUUGUUUGGAGUAUUCAUUCUAGAGGAUUUGUGGUCGAUUGGGUAUUGAAAUUGGCUGGAGAUUGGUAUUUGUCUGCGUUUUUCGUUGUGUUCUGGGUUCUGAUUUCUGAAUCCUGGAAGAUUGCUUGUCGGAUGCUGGUGAAAUAGUGGGUAAUUGUUCUGGACUUGGUUCUAGGUUCUCGGAGUUUGGAGUGAUUCCGCAGCUUUUGUUUGGUUCGGAGUUUCGUUCUUCGCAUACUUGCGAAAAGCUGCACUGACUUUGGCCAGAGAGAUUCGUGGUGGCCGGACGGAGGUCUGUUCAUAUUAGCGAUUUUCGGAAUCUGGAAUUCAGUGCUCGCAUUUGAGCUAGAGAUUGUUCGCGUUAUGGAAUCCAGAGCUGAAGCAACCCAACCGCAAUUUAGAUCCGGAGAAAUGGGGUUCGAGUUCGACGAAAUUAACGGUCUAUUCUCUGGUCCGCCAGAAGCCGGAGGCAGCUCAUUCACGGCUCUCCUCGAACUCCCGUCUCCUCAAGCGGUGGAGCUCUUAGUCAAGGAAGAUUUUCCGGUGAAGCAUCCUCCCCCUCCUAUUUUCCCUUCGGAUUUUGGUCUCAUUGACCGUGCCUCCAAGUUCUCUGUCUUCGCUUCAGCUGGUAACCCCCAUGAGAGCAAUGCGAAUUCGAUUUAUAGCCUGCUGAAGCUUGAAUCCGUGAAACAGGAGCCGUUGGGCUCCGACUCCCAUCCGAAUUCUUCUUCACCGGCGGUUUCUAAUCAGAGUUUAAAGUCCGGCAAACGAAAGGACAGGGAGAAAAGGGUCAAAGAAUCGAGCAAAAAGAGCAAAAACGUGGUGGGCAAUGAAGCUUUGGAAGACGAUGGCGAGAAGCUCCCAUACGUUCAUGUCAGAGCUCGCCGCGGCCAAGCCACUGACAGCCAUAGCUUAGCUGAAAGGGCAAGGAGAGAGAAGAUAAAUGCCAGAAUGAAGCUAUUACAAGAGCUGGUCCCAGGAUGCGACAAGAUUUCAGGCACUGCAAUGGUGUUGGAUGAAAUAAUUAAUCAUGUACAAGCACUUCAGCGCCAAGUGGAGUUUUUAUCCAUGAGACUUGCUGCUGUUGACCCAAGAGUCGAUUUCAACCUUGAUGCCCUAAUGGCGACAGAAGGUGGAUCGUCAUUUGACAAUGGCUACACGGGCAUAUUCCCUCCUCCCAUGUAUCCUGAUGGACAAGCCAGCUCUACCAGACUGCUACAGUAUCCACAGCAGUGGCAUUGUCACGAGCUGCAUCAGCUGGGCUGGCCAACCAGAGAAGACGACAGCUCUAAUUUCAUUAAUCCUGAGAACUCACUUUUAAGCUACGGCUCCUCUGGAAAUUCAGCUUCUAUGCACUCAAAUCAGGUGAAAAUGGAGCUCUGAAAGAGUGCCCAUGGCGAGACCGGGCGUAGUCAAGGUAACUAGGAUUUUGUAAAUAUAUAUAUUUAUAUAUAUCCGGAACAAUGUUGUCAUCAGUAACAAAGAAUUGGCAAAUAGAGCUAGCUGGAUGGAUGAUCUCAUCAAUUAUGCUGGACUGCAGACUGCAGUUUGCUGGCAAUCCUAUUUUAAAUUUUAAUUUACCUUACCUUACCUUACCUAGUAGGAUGAUGAUGACGAUGUCUAUUUUGUUAUAUUAUAGUUAGAUAAAUUGAUAGCGAGAGAGAGAGAGAGAGAGAGAGGAUGGUUAAUUGAUUUCCAUACUCAUUAGAGGGGGGGUGGGGCAAUGGUGAUUCAUUGUAAACCAAGGUCAUUUAUAAAAAAGAAAAUAUCACCCCCUGAUUGCUCUC